AUGAUCGACCGCGAGAAACCUGUCCAGGAUUGCUUGCGGCAUCUCAUGCCAAGCCUCUCAAUAUAUACUGAAGGUAGGCACUAUCAGGAUUGUCUCGAGCUAUAUAAUCAUGCGCUGAGCAAGCAACCACUGGUCUGCGCCCGGCCGCGGACAGAACAAGAGGUCUCACAUCUGGUUCAAUUAUGCACCGAAGAAUCCGUUCCGUUUGCUGUACGCUCCGGUGGUCAUGACUUCUUCGGUCGCUCGCUGGUUCACAAGGGCGUUCUCAUCGACAUGCGCGCAAUGGACUCGGUCAGAGUCGAGCCGGACCAAGCCAGCGCGCGCGUUGGUGGCGGGGUGAUUGCUGGCCCCCUGCAGGAAACACUCAAUUCUCACGGCUUAUUCACUCCUACUGGACAGGCAAAAUCCGUGGGUUAUGUCUCGUGGGCCUGUGGGGGAGGGUAUGGCUUCUAUGUUGGGACGUACGGGUUUGAGGUCGAUCAGAUCCUCGGGGCUCGAGUGGUUCUGGCCCGGGGGCACGUUGUUGAUACCGACGAAGAUCCAGAAUUACUGUGGGCACUCCGCGGCGCCGGGGCCGGCAUAUUUGGCAUUGUCACGGAGCUUCGUGUGAAGGUGUACCCAGUGCCUAAACUAUAUGCUGGCUUCCUAGCCUUCCCCCUUGCCGAGGCCGCAACUCAGAUGAUGCAGGCCGGUAGGGUUCUGGGGAACACGGUCACGGAGACUAUACCAGCCGCCUACGGCUUGGGUGACUCAUCUUCAGGAAUGUUCUUUCGCAGUCGAAACGUUGACCGGAUACAUCAGAAGGUUGGUGCCAUCCUCGCACUGCACCCUCCACCGCAUCCGCUGUCGGCUGUCAUCUUUCACAAUAACCACGGCAAGGGGAUUCGACAUGAAGUCGAGGAUAAUGUCGGGGCGGCCUUUCCGAAUCGGCACCAACAUGUCAUUCUCGGGCUCCAUGGUGGCACUAGACCAGGUCAGGUCGAUGCACAGGAGCUUGCAGAUGCAACCAGAUGGGUUACAGAAUUAGAGGAGGCGAUUGAUCAGACCGGUCUCUCGUUGCAAGGAGGGUUCCCUGCAUUUUGGCCGCCAGACCAGGUGGAUGGGGCCGCAAGACUGCAGCGAUUGAAAGCACGGCUGGACCAGAAUGAUCUAUUUCACCAUGCGCUGCCCGGUCUCAAAGCAGGCUGA